GAGAGCUCAAAGAAAGGUUCAAGACAAUGGAGAUUAUGUCUACACCUAUCUCUCGCGUCAAUGAAACAGGUGUAACAGGGGAAGAUUUCUCAGAGUAUGACAACAUUUAUGGGAAUCAUACAACCGAUCCAUACACUGAGUUGAGGCGGUCUCUAAACACCAUGUCUCUCAUCGUUUACUCAUUCGCCUUUGUCCUCGGAGUGCUGGGCAACGGCGUGGUUAUCUGGGUAACUGGAUUCAAGAUGAAGAAAACGGUCAACACAGUCUGGUUCCUCAACCUCGCCGUGGCCGAUUUUCUCUUCACAGCAUUCCUUCCUUUGAGCGUGACGUACACGGCUCUAAAUUUCCACUGGCCCUUCGGCAAGUUCAUGUGCAAGAUGAGUAGUGCAGUUAGCGCUCUCAACAUGUUUGCCAGCGUCUACAUCCUGAUGGUGAUCAGCAUCGACAGAUGUGUCUCCGUGGUGUGGCCCGUUUGGGCUCAAAACCACCGAAGUGUCCAGAAGGCGUCCCGUGUCAGUGUGGUGGUUUGGGUGCUGGCUCUGAUUUUGAGCACUCCGUACUUCGUCUUCAGGGACACGGGACCGUCGUUUUUUAGUGAAGACGUUAUCAACUGUUUCAACAAUUUUGUCUUUUCUGAUGACUUUCUCACACCACAUCUGAAUGACCUCCGACUGCUUCGUCUUCAGGCUCUGACUGUGACCCGCUUCCUUCUGGGUUUUGCUAUCCCCUUCACAGCCAUCAUCUCCUGUUAUGCUGCCAUAAUCCACCGUCUUAGAAAGAAUCGCAACCUUGCCAGUCAAUCAAGUCGGACUUUUAAGAUCAUUGCCGCAGUUAUCAUUGUCUUUUUUUUCUGCUGGGCUCCCUUUCACACUCUUGUUUUAAUGGAGAUAGUCAGCUACAGGUAUUCAAGUGUAGUAUUCCAAAAUGUCAUAACGAUUGGGCUCCCCAUAGCCACUAGCCUGGCCUUUAUCAACAGUUGUCUUAAUCCACUGCUGUAUGUGUUCAUGGGCCAAGAUUUCAAGGAUAGAGUUUGUAAAUCCAUCCUGAAAGUACUGGAGAAUGCUUUCCAGGAAGAGAGCUCUCAUGCAGAGUCAAAGACAGUUGAAACUAGUCAAGGCAAUGAAAAUAUUGAAAUAUGAGUGAUGAAUUGUGAACAAAUAUUGAACUAUUUCAGUGCAAAUAGAAAUAUUAUUAGUGUCCCUGUAUAGUUUGUAUUGUUGUCUUUUAAGAUGCACUCACUUUGUUUUGGACACUCACCAAACCGUCAUUUCUACAGCACUAGUUCACUGCAAAAAAAUUCCUGUAACACUUUCCGAAUUA